AUGCAGCAGCUGGGGGUCCUCGCAGCAUCCAGAAGAGCAGAUGUUGGGGAGGCAAGCUGGGGGUGCUUCUGCAUGUGUGCCGGUGCCUGGCUCCGCCCUCUCCUCCAUCGCAAACACCCCCGCGCUGGCUGCAAGGCCCGACUGCUCUUUUCCAGGCUUCUCCGCGUCUGCUGUCUUUGGUCUGCCUGCCGCUCUCCCUGCUGGCCCGGGCACGGCACGGCACGACCCAUCCCCGAGAGCGGAGCGCUGCCCCGUCGCGGCCAGCUCGCCCUAAGGCUGCCUUCUGCUUUCUCUUGCAGGGUGAAGAGCGAGCAGCAGUUUGCCAUGGCGGCUGCAGCGCAGCUCCUUGCCUGGAGCCUGGUCCUGGUGCCGGCGCUGCUCCCAGCCUCUCCCCUGCCCCAGCCGUUCAGCAGCGAGCGACACACCAGGCCACGGGCUGUGGGAGCCUCUCUGGGCCCCGGCUGGGUGCAGGAGCUGGCUGGGUGGCCCCCUCUGGGCAGCCCCUCCGAAGAGGCUCUCUGGACCCGCCAGGCUCUGCCAGCCCUCUCCCCAUUGGCGCUGGCUGCCCCUGGGGGGAGCCUGGUCUUCAGUGGGGCUGGGGAGCCGGAUGAUGAGCUGUGGCGAGGCUCCAGCCGUGCCCCCCUGCAGCCAGGGGCACCUGCUGCCCACUCUGCAGCCAUCAGCCAUGACACGGGGACCCCCCCUGCCCCAGCAGGAAGCUCUGCUCUCCCACCCCCCGCCUGGCCCCUGCUCCUGGGGGCUGAUGGCUCUCGGCAGACGCUGGAAGUGCCCCCGGCUCCGGGACCUGCUGGCACUGAGGGGGCUGGGGGCCCUGGCCCAGCCACGGCCACGUUCCAGGGACACACUGGGCUUGGCUCGGGGAGCUGGCCCUUCACGCCCGCGCCUGGCUCCGGGGCUCCGAGAAACGGAGGCAGCCCAGGAGCCUUGGCAUUCGAGAGCAGAGAACUGCCCUCGGGCUCAGAGCCCAGGAGCCUGCAGCCAGCUUUUCCCAGCCCGGCCAGGCCUCCUGGGGCAGAGAGCAGCCCAGGCCCUGCUGGGCAGGACAGUCUGGGCACAGCCGGGACGCCACGCCCCAGGCCAACGGUGUCCACUGUCGCCUUGGCGGCCAGGCCGGGGUCCGUGGCAGGAGCCAGCAGCACUGAGUGGCGGCAGGCGGCAGACAUGGGCCCUGGGGUCGUGGGUCAGGAGGGCCGGCCUGUGAGCUGGGCUCCAGGGAAGGGGCAGCCGGCGCCUCGGGCCAAUGUCCCCCGGGAGCCCGGGGAACCGCUGGAGCAUGCCUGGGGAAAGGGCCGGGCUUCCUACACCCAGGGGUCCUCCCUCCCUCCCUGGGGCGAUGCCCAGGGGCUGCCCCCGCACCCCACAGGCAGGGACGGCCAGCCCCAGCCAGAGGUAUGGUGGGUCUCUGGAGCCAGCCUGGCUGCCUGGCCUGCUGCUACCUCCCAGCUGCAGCAGACAGCUGGAGCAGGGGGCUCCGUGGCUGGUGGGUGGCCUGGUCUUCCUCCCGCUGUGCUCAGCGCUGGCCGACUGGAGCUCCCGCCAAGCCUAGCUCCAGUGCAGGGCCGCCUGACCGAGCCAGCUCCCCCGGCACAAGGGAGCCCCGCCUGGAGGCUCACCCCGGCCUGGACAGAGGGGGCCACACUGGAAACCAGAGCCCCGGUCUGGACAGAGGGGCUCUCGGCUCAUCAGAGAAGCACUCGGCGGGCGCUGCCCGGAUCCGCGACCCAGCCACUGCACUUCCCCGGAAAAACUGUUCCUGGCACAGAACAGGGACCGGUGCACCCCCGUGCCAGGCCCGCCCUCCACGCCAGCCCGGGAACGUCACCCGCCCCAACGCCUCCUCGCCCAGGGGCUGCAGCAGACGAGGAGGUUGGGGCCCCGCAGCGAGUCCGGGGAGCUGUGGACCCAAGAACCCCCGUGAACGCCACCUCCACGGCCACCUCUGCCCCCAGGCCGCCGCCGCCGGGGACCAGGCACUCAGAUGGGACCCGACCUCCUGGCCCUGGCAGCACCACGGCCCCUGUGCCCACCCACCCCCAGCCCCCAGCCACUCCCCAGCGGGGCCUGAUUAGAGUCAGCACCCAGCGAGCUCUCCAGCGCCCCCCUCUGCCCAGGCCUGGGCCCAGCGUCCCAGCCACGGUGCCUGCCUCUAGCCUGCCCUGCCCCCAUGCCAGUGGGGCCUGCAGCCUCCUGCAGCCCAACCAGACGCUGCUGCGCUGGGCAGACCUGCAGCGCACGCUCGGCUUCGCCUGGGAGCUGCACGUCUAUGGCACCAGCACCCUCUUCCUGCUGCUCAGCCUGGUGUGCGUGGCCAGCCUCAUCGGCUCGCCCGCCCUGGGCCUGCCCCACCUGCCCUACACCCUGGGCGCCAACGCCCUGCUGCUGGGCGCCGGCCUGCUCCGCGCCACCUUCCUCCUGACCGACCCCUACGGCGCCAGGGCCAGGCUGCCCGCCCCGGCCGUGCGGCUGCUGUACAACGCGCCCUUCCCGCUGCUGCUCACCGCCUUCGCCCUGCUGCUGCUGCUGCUCCUGCGCGUGGCCCAGCUGCAGCUGCUGCCGCCCCCCCUGCAGAGCCUGCCCCUGCUGGCCGCGCUGGCCUCGCUCCAGAGCACCGUGCUGCUGGGAGCCGACCUGCUCUCGCCCCUGCUGAGCCCCGUGCUGGGCGUGGGGCUGCACCUGCUCUCCUGCGCCUGCGGCACCUCCCUCAUGCUGGCCAGCCUGGCUGCAUGCUGGCAGCUGCGGCCCCACCAGCCUGCCAGGCCGGGCGAGGCCCAGCGGGUGUCGCUGGGCUGUGAGGACCCCCAGGAGCUGCCUGGGCAGGGCAGAGCCCUGCAGGGGCUGGGCCCCUGCCCGCGGGUGCUGUUGGGGUGCAGCGCUCUGGGGCUGCUGUGCUGUGGGCUCCAGGCGUACGGGGCCCUGUGGCUGGGCGGGGUGCUGGGCCCGCCGGGGGAGUUCUCCUGGCCCUGGUGGUUCGUGCAGUUCUGGUUCCGAAUCUGCGAGCUGCUGCUGGCCUUUGCCCUGUGCUUCGUGGCCUCACACCCCUUGUGCCAGUGCUGUGGCUCUGCUGACCACACCUGCUGGGCCAAGCUCGUCCGCUACUUCUGCACCUACCGCAAGGCCGAGGCGCCCGAGUACCCCAACAACUGCUACGACUGGGCCCACGGCACGCAGGAGCGGGCGGCCAGCAACGACAUCAGCAAGAGCCUGAUCCGCAACCCGCCCGAGCAGGUGCACCUGCGGGCACUGAAGGGCAGCAAUGAGGUGAGGGCGACGGGGGCCUUCUCUGCCAGGGGCUCCACCUCCUCGCUGGGCCGGGCUGGCGCCAGCCCCAAGUGCCCCAACGCCGCGCGCAUGGGGCGCUCCUACACCAGCGUCUGCUUCGAGAAGGAGUCGGUGCUGUCGCUGGGCGAGCUGGAGUUCCGCCCGCCCUCGCCCAUCAACCUGAGCCGCAGCAUCGAUGAGGCCCUCUUCAAGGAGCACCUGGUGCGCGACAGCAUCUUCCUGCGCUCCAGCCUGCAGUACCCCGGGCGCCUGGCGCGCCAGGACUCCCGCUCCUCGCUGCGCCGGAGCUCUGCCCUCACGCCCAUGGCCGAGCCGCUGCUGCCCGCCAAGGCCUGGCAGCGGCGCAGCAGCGACCCCGACUACCUGUACAGCCUGGCCCGCUGCAGCUCACUCAGCGACCUGCCCUCCCAGAGCGCCAGCCUGCCCCCGAGCAAGGGCCUGCCCAGCCAGCCUCCCACCGAGGGCACCAUCUCGGGCAGCUCCCUCGACAGCUUCUCCAAGGGCUCCCUGAAGAUCAGCUGGAACCCCUGGCGGCACGGCCUCUCCUCGCUGGAGAGCCUGCCCCUGGAGGAGACGCCCAGCCGGGCCCCGCUGCUCCCCGACGAGGCCCCCGGGCCCAGCACCACAGGAGGGGCCGGAGACUCUGAGCGCGAAGCCAGGAGGAGUUUCCUGGCGCUCAGCAAGCAGGUGGAUUCCCGCAGCCUGUCGAGUGACACCAUUGAGCUGUGA